AUGAAACUAGAUCCAGUUAAACUAGAAGAUGUCAGUCAGCGCAUCCGCUCAGCCGGAAAUGCUGGCUUUUGUGUAUUGCUUGCUAUGCCUGCAACGACAAAACAAGUUUCCUCUAAUCUUGCUGAUUCGCAGGAUCCCCUUAAGCAAAAUCAGAGGCCUCUGCGCAAUCUCAUCAGCUAUCUUCGCACUAAGGACUCGGCUGGUGUGGUAUUGCUGAAUCCCCUCACUCAAGAAAUCAGACACGACCCGGCUUCUGGCAAACUUAAUAAUCCCGAAGAAGCCGCUCCAGACCCAGCCGUAACCGGGGUCCUGCAUGCUUUUCCUCCAUGCGACUUCUCCUUUGAUCUUCUUGCUCAGCGAGCUACUCGACUGCAAAAAGAGUAUGCGAAAGAUAAUCACUUGGUUAUUUUAUUGAUACGUAGUUGCGGGUCUCUUUAA